AUGGAUCCUUUGAAAAAUAGAAAAGACAGACUUAAUAAAAAAAGAUUAAACAAUAAUGCUAUAAUACCAAAUGAAAGGCCUGAAUCUGAUUCAAAAAAGAGCAAAAAACUAGUCACUAGACCUUCCAAAAAAUAUAAAUUUGCACCAAUUAAUAAUACGGGAAUGAGACGCCCUACUGACGGAGUAUUAAAAACAAUUUCUGUGGCCAAAAUACGAAAUACCUCAAACAAAGCCACUAAUUCUUUAAACUCUAAAAAUGACCUUACCCUUCUAGAAUACCCCAAACCAGCAAUCAAAGCUGUUAAAUCCCAGUCUGACUCUGACAUAAAAUCUACCACGAUUUCAGCUGCGGAUAUAAAUAAAUCAAAGAAAAUAUCAGCACAUACGCAUUCUUUAACAGACCUAAGUCGUCCGGAUUUUGCACCAUCUCAAGAAGUGAUUUGGAAUUAUCAACCACCAGAGAAAGACAUUUCUUUGCAAGAACCUAUUCUCGAGUCUGAUGGGGAAAAUGAAUUGUUAGUUAAUAUUACUACUGAUGUAGAAGAAAGUAUAAAUGGCAAGGUACCGUCUACUCCAGGUGUUCCUCAAUAUUUGAGAGGUGCAUUAAAUUUCUCUACCAUUGAUUUUAAUAAAAACCAGUCAUCUCCUCCUCGAGUAAUACAACCUGAAAAAGAUAACAAGAUUAAUGAACUGAACUCAGCAACUGACAGAUCUGAAUUUUUGAAACAAUCUUAUAGAGAUAUUGAUGAUAUCUUGGGGGACAUAAAAGAUAAUUUUCCAAUUGAGACUUCUCCACCACCGAUCACUAGACUACAGUCUUCUCCAUCAAGAAAUAAAAUAAAUAUUCAAGAACAAGUUGUAAAAAAUAAAUUAUCGUUAAGCUCUGAUAAUUGCAUAGAUGACGAUGAUGAUUCGCUAAUUGAUAUACUUACCCAAAUGAAUACCGAUAAUUCUAAUGUAAAACAGACUACUAUGAAUUCUAAUAUACCCAAAGAAGAACCAAAUAUUCUAUCUAGUUCAAUUUCUUCCCAUAAAAGUGCCGUUCAACCAAAUAUAUCUGCAGAACCAGCUUAUAUUUCAAAAAAUGUCAUUGCUGAUUCUACAUUACAAGCUGAGUUUCAGUUAGAUAAUAACCAAUCUGCCAAGUCCCACAAUUUUGAAGAAAAUUCCGCACAAAUUCACAAGGCAACCCUUAAUUUAAUAUCAAAAGGUAAUUCUAUUAAAAAUACUGAAUUAGCAAAAAGUAAAAAUUGCAAUAGUAAUUUAUCAGUUGAAAAUAUUGACAUGUUAGAUUCCGAUGAUAGCUUAGAAGAUUCUCUUAUAGGGUUUUUAGAAGAACGACCUCGAACGCAAAGAUUACAAACUAUACCUACUCUUUUACAAUCUCAACCGAAUGAUAAUAAUCAUAUGAAUACAAUUUCAUCUACUAAUGAAUCCCCAGAUGUCAACUCGGAACUAUCCGAAUUUGCAAAAUGUGCUGUUGAAAGAAAAGGAGUAGUGCGACUUGUUAUUAAAUCUAUUAAAGAAUUGCAGUUACCUAAAAUAGGAUUGCAGAAGAUUCUCACUUGCAUUGAUAAAGAUAAUAAAACAGUUCCUGUAAUUGUACGUAGUCCAUGGGUAAUCUGUGAUUAUGCGGAGAAAGAUGUUAUUCAUAUUAUAGAAGGAAAAAAUAUAAUGAAUAAAAGGUUAUUAUCUGAUGAUAAAGAUCCAAAAACAGGUUUAAUUAACGAUAAUAUUUUAAUACUAAAUCCUGAUUUGCUUUUGUCAGCUACAACAAUCGGCACUGCCAUUGAUUGUCAAAGAAGAGCUGUAAUCCAAUCGCUAUUUAAAGAUUCCGGCGGUGAGCCAAGCCUGCCUAUGACUAUCGGUAAUAUUGUUCAUGAAUUAAUACAAGAAGGAAUUAAGCAUAAAAUACAGAAUAAUUCAAUAACUACGAAAUAUUUACAAAAUAACCUUACUUCAUUACUAGAAAAUAAUAAAUUUUCGAUUCUUAUAUGUAAUUCAAGCAUUGAUGAGGUCAGAAAAGAAAUUGAAACCAAUCAUCUUAAGAAUGUUUAUGAAUUUUUAGACAAAUGUAUUGAUACAAUAAAUAAAGGCGAGCCUAUUCCUGUAUCCGGAAGCUCUAAAACAGAGCGUAUGGCAAUUUCAAACAUUAUUGAUAUUGAAGAAAAUAUUUGGUCUCCCAUGUAUGGCAUUAAGGGAUUUUUGGAUGCAACAGUCGAAAUACGCAAUGCAGCAGGUAAGACAAUUGCUCCAUUUGAAAUUAAAACUGGUAAAUUAAGAAAUAUAUCGCAUGAAGCACAGGGGUUUGUAUAUACGAUGUUGUUGAAUGAUAGAUAUGAACUUCCUAUUGAAUUUUGUCUUUUAUAUUAUUCUCGUGAUUCUCACAUGACUAAAUAUCCAAAGAUACUAAACCAUUUAAAACAUCUUAUUCUAUCCCGUAAUAUAGUGAGUACCUAUUUAAAGUAUCAAUUGAAUGAACUAACCAAUAGUAGACAAUUUAGAAUGCAACUUCCACCUUUACCCCACAGUUCAAAGUGUGAAAAAUGUCCUAUUAAACAACAAUGCAUGGUACUUGAUAAAUUGCUUGGUGAUAAUGAAUUUACCAUGAACUCCUCUUUAAAAGAAGAUUAUUCAUUAAUAACAAAUCAUUUAUUGGAAAAUGAACACAAGUACAGAACCUUUUUUCAGUAUUAUAAUGAUUUAAUUACUAAGGAAGAAUCAAGUAUAAGCUCCCUAAAUAAAGAAAUGUUUUUACUGGAUUCCAAAACCCGUGAAUCUUUGAGCGGUAAAUGUUUGUCACAGCUGACAGUAACGGGAUGGACUAAAAAUUCAGACAGGCAGGAAUCAUAUUUAUAUACAUUUGCCCGAUCUAAUUCAGAUAAAGAGCAUAAUUUUCUCUCUUCACAUCUUGUAGAGAAUGAUAUGGUAAUUAUUAGUGAUGAAAAUGGUCACUUUUGUCUUUCCCAAGGCAUUGUUCAGAAUAUAACGAAUUCAAUGAUUACAAUAUUGGUAAGAAGAUCUCUUUUAAAUAAUAAGAGAGACCAAACCAAUGGUAGUAUUGGGUCAAAUAGUAUUCAAAGUGUUUUCUCGAUCCCUGUUACUCAAGAAGAAGCCUUACAGACCUUGAAUGCUGUAACAUAUAGAAUUGACAAGAAUGAAGUACAUCAAAGCUUAGCUAUAGCUCGUUUCAAUUUACUUAAUUUAUUUUUACCUCCUGUUGAUGCUAGUGAAUUUAUCGAAGAUCCCACUAGUAGGAAAGUUAGAUUAAUCAAACCAAGUGAAGGAGGUGAUCUGAAUAUGAGAAGAAUUCUAGUAGAUGAUAUAGAACCUAGAUUUACACCAAUGGAACAUAAGCCAUUAGUUAGAUAUGAUAAGUCUCUUUUAUCUCAUUUUAAUGAAGACCAACUUACAGCUAUUGAUAAAGUAAUGAGAACAGAGGACUAUUCUUUAAUUCUUGGGAUGCCAGGUACAGGUAAAACUACUGUUAUUGCUACGAUAAUUCAAAUUUUAGUUGCUGCUGGAAAAAGUGUAUUGCUGACAUCCUAUACUCAUUCUGCAGUAGAUAAUAUUAUAUUAAAAUUGAAAAACAUCAAAAAAUCGCAACUUGUUCGACUAGGUUCUCCUAAUAAGAUACAUCCAAAAGUCUUGAAAUUUAUACCAGCUUAUGAAAAUUCGGAGACUUUUAAUGAAAUAAUGAAUGAUAUAAAUGACAAAUCAAUAGUUGCCACCACAUCGCUAGGUAUAGGGCAUCUAUUAUUUUCGAUGAGAGAAAAAGAUUUUGAUUAUGUGAUCCUUGACGAAGCAAGUCAAAUAUCUAUGCCUGUUGCACUAGGUCCGUUACGUUAUGGGAAGAAAUUUAUUAUGGUUGGCGAUCAUUAUCAGUUACCUCCAUUAGUUAAAAACGAAGUUGCAAGAUUAGGUGGAUUAGCCAAAUCACCAUUUGAGAUUUUAUGUGAGAAACAUCCAAACGCCGUGAUUAAUUUGACAUUUCAAUAUAGAAUGAACAAAGACAUAAUGAAAUUAUCUAACUUCUUAAUAUACGAAAAUAAAUUGAAAUGUGGGUCUGAAAAAAUUGCGAAUCAAAAACUGGAUAUCCAUUUCAACUUAAAUGAAACUAGUAAAGAUUCACUUAAAAAGUAUCAAACCAAUAAGAAAGAAAAUAAUUGGAUCAGAGAGAUAUUAGAACCUGAAAGAAGGGUUGUAUUUUUAAACUACGAUAAUUGUUUAGAUAUUCAAGAGACCAGUCUAAAUGAUAGCAUCAGUAACGAUGGGGAAGUCGCAAUCAUAAAAAAUAUCAUUGACGGGAAAAUGAUUUAUGACAAUGGGAGUUACGAUAAAAACGAUGAUAUUGGUAUCAUGGCUCUUUAUAGAGGACAAUUAGGUAAGUUGAAGAAAAGAUUUGACGAUGAAAAAUACCAUGGACUGGAGAUAUUAACUGUAGACCAGUUUCAAGGGCGUGAUAAAGAUCUUGUUGUAAUUUCGAUGGUAAGAUCUAACGAGCGAUUGCAAGGUGGCCAAUUAUUAAAAGAACUGAGAAGAGUAAAUGUGGCGAUGAGCCGAGCCAAAUGUAAGUUAAUUAUAAUUGGUAGUAAGAGCACAAUAGGAUCUGUUGUUGAAAUUAAAAGCUUCAUUAAACUAUUAGAAAAUGAGGGUUGGAUAUAUGACUUACCAUCCAAUUGUUUGACCACUUAUAAUUUUGCCCAAAACUUUGAAACAGGAUUAGGAAAUAGCAUCACCGAUAGCAAUGGCGGUACAGUUAUGGGACGUGGUGUAAACGUUACUAAAAAAGGAUCGAAAAAUAUUACCAAUACUAGUAAUAACAGUAGCGUAAGAGAGCCUAGUGAUACUGCUAAUACCUCAACAACAAGCUCAAAAGACAGUGGCGUCAUUUUAUCCGCAUCAGGUAUGGACGACGAGAAUUUCACUCGAGGUGAGAAGGAAGACAAUACAUCUAAACAAAGAUAUCAUCCUACAAAGUUUAAAAAGAGCCAAACAGCUAUAAAGAAUAUCACCAGCGAAUCAAAAUUUGUCCAAGACAAGGCAAUUAUCAAGCAAGCGUUAACGGAGUUGAAAAAAACCGAAUUCAAAUGA